CUUUUGAUUGGUCGGUGUACCAUCGUUUGAAAUAGUGGCGGUCAUUAUUGUUCGCAAUCUGUGCUCCCUUUUUAGGUGACAACUGGUUAUAUUUUCAUUUUUAGGCGAUCGUUGCAACCAUGCCCAAGAAAAGAAAAACUAAAUUAACCAAAAGAGCAAAGCCUAAACUUCCUGAUAGUGAUGACCAGGGUGACCUAUCAGAACAUGAACGAUCACAAAAGUUGGAACUAUUCUUACAAGAUUUCGAUAUUGAAGUAAAUGAUAGGAUAGCAGCUAUGCGGAAAGAAGCUGAGAAAAUGUGUUCAUUGAUUAAUUCUUCUUACAAAAUGGAAUUAUUCAAACUUCCAAAAGCUAUGAGAAACCUAAAGAGAACACAGUUUAUAGCAAAGGGUGGCUCAGUGAAUGCUGUUGUAUUGGAUGAAGUCACAGAGGGCAUAGACAGACUAGCCAGUACAUUGGCACCCAUACUCUCCUGCAGUAAAUCCACUGCACGGGUUCCUUUAGGCAAUGUUGGCAAUACAAAGAUUAAUGAAUGUACAAAUCUGGAUCCGGUGACGAUAAAAGAAGAGGUGUUGUCAUCUGAAGAAGUGCAGCCAACAGAAACUAAAAAAACGAGAGGUAAAGGAACCAGAACAACAAAAGCUAGAGCAGCACUGCGAGAACAAAAUAAUUGCAGUGAUGCGCCAUUAACUGUAAGAAGAUCUACAAGAAAAGGGGCGCUUAAAAAUCAAUUGGUUACCCCAGCUAUGAAUACUGGCAGGCACAAUGCCUUAACAAUGGGAUGGGAUACACCAGCAGUCACUCCAAAAUUUGAUCCCAGGCUUCCGGUCACCCCUGCAGUCAUGAGGGAACCCAAAGCUGGUGAGCGAAUCAUGUCAAUGUGUGGCAGUCCAUUAACCAAUCCUUCACAUGCUGGAGCUAAGGUUCCAGAAGCUUACAUACCAUUAAGAAAUGGACAGGCAAUCCAGCUAAAAGCAAACCAAAAUAUACAAGAUUUAGCUCUCACAGAAGUGGAUGACCACACACGGAAAAACUUGCUAGUAUUACAAGAACAGAUAUCCAAAAUUUUAAAAGUCAAACCUUUGAAGGCGACAACCCAAUCAUAAGGCUGAUUUUUUGCGAAUAUUGUGUUACUAUAGUGCUAUGUGAUAGUAUAUUGAAGUAUUUUUACACUGCAAUCUUACAUGUAUGUGUGUUACCAAAUAUUUGCACACCUUUUAACUCUUGACCAGUGGAAGAAUGACUCAAUCAAGAAACUUAAUCUUUCUAAAAAGCAACAUGUACAAAGAUAAAUGCAUAUCAAGCUAAUCUUACAUUUUAGUAUAGUGGUAGUUUACUAAACAUAAUCCUAGUUCUUAAUACUGUGCCAGGAGGGAGAGGGGGAAUUUUUAAGAAUUUAAACAUAUUAUUGCCAUUAUAUGGUGUACUUCAUCGUGUUGUGUGUAAAUAACAAUCAAUCCAGAGUUGUUGGCAGUGUCUCACCACUCGCCCACCAUCUCAUCAUGUCUCAUCAUCUCUGUGUACAAUACAGCAUGCCAAGUUGUACUCUUAGUAGUAUGGCAUAACAAUUCAGAGCAGAGUGUACCAGAUCAGAUAAUCAUUUUAUUAUUGUUUGUAUCCUAUUUAAUGCGAUUUAAUAUCAAAGUUUAUUCAUAAACUUGACACAGUCUCUUUUUGUGAAGAAUUGAUAAAUCAAUCUCAGACGGGGGAAGCUGCUAAUAAGCAUAAUGUGAAGGACGAUGGAAUGAAUUGCAGUGUGUACCUAUCAUUUAUAAGGAUGCCUGAAUCAUCCUUUGAAUACACUUUGAUGUAUUUUAUGCAAUGUAAAUUGACUGGUUAAUUGUGUCUUGAGACAACUUAACCAAGCCUAGCCCCAGGAUGUAAUUAUUUUGGUGUCAGGGAAUUACCUCGUUGCUAUGAACAGUGCUAUGUGAGUCAAAGAUGUGAUUGUGCAAUACCAACGCCUCACUUUAAUCAAUUUUUAGUUUUUGAAUAUCUGAAGCAUCUUCAUAGUGACUUGCAUUAUUUGUACAGAUUUUGUACUGAUAGUAUUGUUCUAUAAUCUUAUUAGUGUCACUACUUUUCAUGAUUUGUCGUAAUCUCAAUGUUCUUGAUCUCGUUCAGGAACUAGUCUUUAUUCUUGUGGAGGUCUUUCUUGAAAUAUAUUAUAAGUUGUGUGAUGGAUGUUGUACAUGUAAUAAUUUUAUACUUUAUUAUUCUUUAUUAUAUCAUUAUGUACUUGUAUUAUAAAUAGAAUUUU